AUGAAGCAUAUAAGGCAUCGGAACAUCGAUGACGAUGACGACAAGUUAUUGAAAAGUUUGAAAAGAAAGAACAAUGACGAUGAUGGUUUGAGUUUUGGCUCUUUAAACGAAGCACAAAAGAAAAUCUAUGAUGACGAUAAUGAUAAUGAUAAUGAUAGUGAUAGUGAUGACCCACCAGAAACCACAAGUUCUAAAUUCAGAAGUUCUACCAGAAAUUCCAAAUUUGAUAAAACCAAGAAUAGUAAGAGCAAACAUGCACCUUCUGAAUCCUCAUCUAAACGACCAGUAUCGAAGAUUCGUAAAAUUGAAGGGUUGGAUACCAAAUCAACAUUAUAUCAAGAUAUUAGAUUUGAUGCAGCUUUUGGUAAAGCUGAUUUACAUGAAACUAGAAAGAAUUAUGCUUUCUUAGAUGAAUAUAGACAACAAGAAAUUGAUCAAUUAUCAAAGAUCAUCAGAGAUAAGAAGAAUUUCAGUAAGUUAUCAUACUAUGAACAAGAUGAAAUCAAACAAAAUCUUCAAUCCCUUAAAUCAAGAUUAGAUACUAUGAAGACCAGAGACUUACAACAUAAGAUCUUACAAGAUUAUAAAGAUGAACAAAUGAAGAAUUACAGAGAAGGAAAACAAUCCAAUCCAUAUUUCUUAAAACGUAGUGAACAAAGGAAAUUAUUACAAAAAGCUAAGUUUGAAAGUAUGAAACCAAGACAAAGGGAAAAAGUUAUGGAAAGAAAGAGAAAGAGAAAGUUGGGAAAAGAAUUCCGGGAAUUGGAAUUCAGACAAAACCAGAAUUAA